AUGGUGAACGCGUACAAAAUUGGAUCUAUUGAAGAUUACUUUAAACUAUAUGAUUAUUCUGUUGAAGCAAUUAAACAUGUAAAUAAAUCUUUUAAGAUUGGCGGACCAGCUACAUCUGAUGUUGGAAUGGGAUUUUUAAGACAAUUUUUAAAACAUGUAACAUCUGGCAAAAAUUAUGUAACAAAUGAAAUUGGAACACGAAUUGAUUUUAUAUCAUUUCAUACAAAAGGUGCCGAUUAUAUUCCUCGAAGAUGUUAUGGUCAUAAAGUUAGUUAUCAAUCACCGAAUCUUUCAAAGAUUCUCAAUGAUAUUCAUAAUAACUUAAUGAUUUGUAAUGAAUUCGAACAAUUGAACAAUUUACCAAUCUUUAUUGAUGAAUGUGAUCCUGCUGUUGGUACAAUUUAUGGUGUUUAUGAUAAUCCGAAUUAUAUCAUAUGUAAUACAGAAUAUUAUCCUUGUAUUGUUGCAUCGAUGAUCUAUCAUAUAUUAUCUUUAUCUAAUCGAAUUCAAUUAAUAACACAUUGGUCAUUUUAUAUGGAAGGAAAACGAUUAUUUGAAGGUAAUCGUACACUUAUGACAAAUUAUAAUUUACAUUUACCUAUUUUAUCUGAUUUGAAAUUAUUUGGAAAAUUAAAAUAUAAACAAUUAUUUAUAGAAAUGAAUCAAAUACAAUUACCAAUAUUUGGUAUGGCAACAUGUGAUGAUGAAAAUAAAAGUUUUCAAUUACUAUUAUUUUAUCAUGUUGAUGAUUGGACAUCAGAAGAUAUUCAAUCGAUCAAUAUUACUUUUAUAAAUAUUCCAUUACAAAAUGUUCUAUUAAAACAUUAUAGAAUUGAUUCAAAUCAUAUAGAAAAUGAUCAACGGUUAGAAGAUAUCAAUCAACGUACAUGUUAUCGUUUAACACGUAAUGAUCUAUUACGUGAUGAAUAUCAAGAAGUUUUUCAAGAAUUUCAUGACGAUGAAGAAACAAUGAAAUUUAUUGAACAAACCAAUGGUUUAAUUGGUCGUGGUGUUAUGUUUGUUUAUUCAAUUGCACAGUUUAAAACAUUACUUGAUAUAGAUUAUAAUGAACAAUAUCCAUUGAUAGCACUUCUUCAUAUUGGUGCUGGUGAUGGUUCUAUAACAGAAUGA